AUGGCAAUCUUCAACAAGAUGCGGAUCCAUGGUGACAAAAAGGAGGAUAUCACUAUAGUUGAGAAGAUUCUUCGGUCCAUGACUCCAAAAUUCAAUUUUGUUGGUUGCUAUAUUGAAGAAGCUCAUGACAUCGAGGAACUCUCAAUUGAUGAACUGCAAAGUUCCUUAUUGAUUCACGAGAAGAAAAUUAAUCAGCAGGAGAUAGAGGAACAAGCAUUGAAAGUCUCAACAGAAAAUCACUCAACAUCAAAAGGAGAAAGAGGACGAGGAAGAGGGAGAGUUAGAGGCAUCAGAGGCAGAGGCCGGGGAAGCAAUUAUCAUGGCAAUCAACAAGAACAUCAACAACACCAUGAGAAUCAAUUCCACAGAAGAGGAAGAGGUCAAGGAGGCCAUCAUUUUAUAGCUCAUAGACCAAAGUCAGCAGACAAGUCAGAUGUUGAAUGCUACCGAUGUCACAGGUAUGGCCAUUAUCAGUCAGAAUGUCAAACUAACUUGAACAAAGACAAUAGAGAGAAAACUAACUUUGUUGAAAAGGAAGAGGAGGUGUCGCUUUUGAUGGUGUGUCAUGUGAAGGAAGAAACUCAACAAAACAUGUGGUAUUUAGACACUAGCUGCAGCAACCAUAUGUGUGGAGACAAGAUGAUGUUCUCUGAUUUAGAUGAAACCUUCUGCAAUACAGUCAAGUUUGGAGAUAAUUCCACAGUUUUUGUCUUGGGAAAAGGAAUGGUAACUCUCCAAACCAAACAGAAUUCAAGUCACACACUAUCUCUAAUGUUCUUUUUGUCCCAGAUUUAA